UUGAAAUGGUAUGAGCUUUGAGGUCCUUCCCAAUCCAUACUAUUCUGUGAUCCUGUGCUCAUGAUCUGAUCUGCUUACUUGUUUCUUGUUUUUUAACUUAGAGCAAGGCAGAUUUGGUUUGUCUGGCUAAAAGUUGGGAUGCAGGGUAGCCUCUGGAUCACAGCCUGCCUUCUGUGUCAGCAAGUUCAAAAGCAUCAAGGGUUGAACAGAAUCUGUUAUGCAGGAGCCAGGCUCCAUCUCAUGUCUCUUCUCUUCUAGGCUUGGAAGAAAAAACAGUUCUUUCCAAAAAAGAGAAGAUGAAGCUGAGGAAGGAGAGAUGGCUGCAGAAAAUAGAAAGUGUAAAGAUGGCCAGACAAAAGCAAAAAGCUGAAGCAAAGCGGAAAGCAACACCUGUGGUGGGAGACAUGCAGCCCUUGAUGGAAGCCCUGCCUGAGCUCUCUUACCUGACCACAGGUGGCAGAGGAAGGAAGCCUCUCAGAAGCCACAUAAAAGCAAAGGCAGAACCAGCAGACUUCUGUCUGAUGAAACAAGCUCAGAAACAUCAGCUCCUAGACCAGGAAGUGGCUCGGUUUCACGAGGUUAUCAGCGAUCCCCAGUACAGAGCCAACCCCCUCCUGGCCAUCAGCGAGCACCUCUCCAAGAGGCUGAGGCAGGGGGAAGAAGGGGAACCCCUUUAGAGCUUCAGCUGGGCCCAGACAUGGCAGGCUGUGAGGAACACAUCCCUGGCACAACGUCCCAGCCUUUUUGGUCCUUGGAAGCAGUUCAGCAGAUGAUUAAAACCACCAGCCCUGCUUUCUGUCUGCAGGAAUAAUGCAACUCUCUGUGACGGGGGCAGCUGCUCCUUUCCAGGCAGUCUGCACGGAGCAGGGUGUUCUGUGAGAUUCUUGUGCAGGCGUUAAUUCCUGCAAAGUGUCUUCAUACAUUGGCUCUUCUUGUGAGCAGGUAUGAUUUCUGAAAUGGUUCCAAAUGGCCAUGUAUCUGUUUUCUGUCAUUCCCCCCACCUCUUCCUAACACUCUGAGAAGAGGUUCUUGCUUACUCUGUUGGGAUGGUUCAGGACCCCAAGCCCUGGAGCCCAGGAAGCUUUUUGGAGUUUGUCAUGACCAAUGCUGUUGUACAGAGACAUUGUGAGAAAUUUAACUUUGGAAUAAACAUAUUUUCAUACA